CCGGUACACACUGUCCCCGCGCGACCAGGAGCCGCGAGCUGUCAGGUGGUUUGAGGGAAAACCCGUAUUGGAUCUCCGCGGUCACCUGGGCGGAAAACCGGAGAAAAAAAAAAGAAAAAGGCGCGUUGAGGACCGUCAUCGAUGUGCGUGUCUGAUAAACGCUGCUCGGAUCGAUAGGACCGGCUCGGUAACACAUACGUGACCGUCUGUCACCCGCAGAGACGAGAGAGUUUACAAGAGUAACCGAAACCGGGAACAAACCCCAAACACCCAUUUCGACCAGCAAACUGCUGGAGUCACGUGGACGCCGACAUUCGGCAUCUUACAAAGCAAACAAACACUUACGUGCAACAAAAACAAAAAAACGAAUACCCGCCGUCAAAUAAUGUGCUCGUUUGUACGCGAGCAGAAGAGUCCACUCCGCGUCUUAUCGGCCGCAUGGCGCAGCUUUGCGCGGAUAAACAGCAGCUGUGCGCCGCAGAGCGACCGGAAAAAAAAAGAAAAACACGGGCGAAAACGCUUCCAACCAACGAAUCUAGCAGGAAAUCCUCGUCCGCCCGAGCAGCUCGUCUCAAAUACCCCGAUCACCUCGGCGCCGCCGCCCGCGUGGCGUCGCGCGGACACCCGCACCGCGGCCUCUCCUCCGCGCGCGCUUCUCCUCCGCGCAGACGACCUCCUCGCGCUCAGCAGCGGCCUCCAUUUUAGCUCCUUCCCCGGCCGCCGCCUCACGUGUCCUGGACUGUCUCCCUCACAUGACCCGUGUGUUUGUCCCCGUGAUCAGCGCUUCCAUCUGCGUAAAUCACUGCCGUUGAAUAUCGGCGGGGUUUUUUUUUUUGUUGUUGCUUUUUUUUUUUUUUUUUUUUUUUAACCCACCGCAAAACGAACUUGAUGGAUCUGCUGGAGCAGAGUCUGGACAGCUCGGCGAGUCACGACAAACAGGAGGCAGAAGAGGUGGUGCAGUUACAAGAAGGAGAGUCGGUGGGGACGGAGGAGCACGCUGCCGUGACCAUCACUGGCGUCCCGCCGGCUACGUUCACCGACCACAAUGUGCAGUACCAGUUCCGCACAGAGAACAGUGGAGGACAGGUGACUUACCGCGUGGUUCAGGUGACAGACGACCAGUUGGAAGCCACGGCCGAUGGGACCGGAGCUGUCAGCGUCGUCUCCACCACGGCGUUCGCCGGGGCCCCUCAGGCCGUCGCUCAGGCCGUCAUCCAGAACCCUUUCAGUAACGGCGGCAGUCCCGGGGGCGAGACUGUGGGAGGCGAGACGCGCUUCGCCUAUUUCCCAGCCGCCGCCGUCAGCGACGGGACGGCCGUGUCCGUGCAGGCCGCCUCCGACCCGACGAUAGCACAGGCGGGAGGUCAGUUCUACGUGAUGAUGAGCCCCCCCGAUGUGCUGCAGACGGCGGCCCCUCGCACCAUCGCGCCGCGCACACACACCUACACUGCAGACCUCGGUGAAAGCGAGAUGUUGCAGCAUGGCAGUUCAAACUGGAAAGUGGAGGGUCCCCGGGCGCCCAGAGACGAGAGGCGAAGAGCACAGCACAAUGAAGUGGAGCGACGGAGAAGAGACAAGAUUAACAACUGGAUUGUCACGCUUUCAAAAAUCAUCCCAGACUGCAGCAUCGACAGCAGAACUGGAGCGAGUAAAGGAGGCAUCCUGUCCAAAGCCUGCGACUACAUCCGAGAGCUGCGUCAGAGCAACCAGCGCCUGCAGGACAGCUACAAAGAGGUGGAGCAGGUUGAGAUGGACAACGAGCUGCUCAGACAACAGAUAGAGGAACUAAAGAACGACAACGCUCUCCUUCGAGCACAGCUGCAGCAGCACGGCGUGGAAGUCAACGGGGAUGCAACGCCGCAGUGAUGGUGGACUGGACACACGUAAUGUCCCAAACACAAAGACGCAUCGUCCCUCCCACCUGAACAGCACCGGGGAAGGAAUAGCGAGACAAUUUGCAUCGGAAAUUGGACCACGCCCCAAAACACGCGCGCAGGGCUUGGAGAAGAGCGCUGAAGCACUUGAGGCCGCCGCCUCCUCCUCCUCCUCCUCCUCUUCUUCUUCUUCCUCCUUCAGCUGGUGGAGGCCGAACGCUUGUAAAAUGGGUUUACUGUGUAGCCACAUGAACCUCUCACCUUCGCUUUAAAGGGACAUGACCUCCGCACAGCACCGCCACGCUUGCACCAAACUUCCUUUUUACUUUUAAAUUAUGAAACCCGCCACAGAAAAAAAACGUCCUUUUUUAGCAAUUUUCCCUUUUUAAUCGUACCGCAAACUUGCUUUAGUUUUUUUAGUUUUUUUUUUUUACUUUUGCUGUGUUUCCGCCUGAAUGGGACUCGAAUGAUGGCUCUGCUUUGCUUUUAAUUUAUUAGUGUUUAAGGAAUGUGCAAAGAAAGAAAAGCUGAUACUAGAAUUUUCUUUUGUUCCCCAGCAACAAAUUCAUAGUGGCCAAAUCCAAUACUUUGAUCACCCUCAUUACCGUUACCAAGGAUAGUUAAAAUGAUCUGUGUGCAAUUUGGGGUGACCUUUCCCUUUUUGCCUCUUAACACUGACACUGUUGGCACCAGGCAGUGCUCCCCAACCGAAUGAACAUAAUCCACGGUCGGUAAAUGAACUGUCUAAGCAGAUUUGAUGGCACGUGCACGGCGUUGAAUAAGCCAGUGGGAGAAUCCAGCUGUUAUAGUUGCUCGGGUCAUCGAGACAGUGCACAGGUAAGACCUAUGAAGUCUUUACAAAGAUCUCUCUUGUUUAAAGACGGGUGAUGGUUUUCACCGUAGGAAUCUUUUUCUCUUCUCCGGCGGGCAUUAAGAUGUGGUUGGUUUGUAAAUCUUCUUAAUAGGUCGCUGGUGUGCUGCACUGGAGGAGAGGUUCGGUUGUAAGAGGUCCUGGUUCGUGACCAGCCUCUGUUCGGCUCACUAGUAUUGCUGCAUUUAAGUGGACACGUGGGGUGGAUUUUCUUUUCUUCCUCUUGUUUUGCAAUCUUCCACAAUCUCUAAACUUUUGGGAACCUUUUGAAAGAAAGAAGACCACAACAUGGUCAGGAAAGUGCUGAGGGUAGUUGUAACUAACCAACUUUUGUAUACACUGAAAGUCACCACAGCAUGGAGAAAAAUAUAACCACUGGCAUGACUAAUUCUGAUACUACAAUAAAACAAGUGUUUAUACCCCA